CCCACCUUUUUCCCACUUCGGCUUUAUUAGGGUUUAUUCCACUUCGGCUUUAUUAGGGUUUAUGCAAGUUUUCAAAGUUGAAAGUUCCUUUGAGUGACCAAAUCAGCUCUCUUCACUUGCGAUUCCAUGGAUCCUUCUGCUCUAAGCUCCCCCCAAAUGCAGCAAUUCAUCGAUCAAGAAAAGCAAAAAGCCAUGCUCAAUGAGAUGGUGGCGAAGCUUACAAAUGUAUGCUGGGACAAAUGCAUCACUAGUACUCCUGGAAGCAAGUUCAGCUCUGGUGAAUCAACUUGCCUUACCAACUGUGCUCAGCGCUAUAUGGAUUUGAGUCUCAUCAUCAUGAAACGCUUUCAGUCCAUGCAAUGAAGACCUCAAAGCAUUGGCCCCUCCCUUUUAAGCUUUAAGAUCUUUGUUUUUUUAUUUUUUGGGGCCCCCCAUUGGUGAAAUUAUCAGCUAAAAAUAUUUUGUAUUUCUGGUACUAUGACCCUCAUCUUGGGCAUCAUUUAUCUUUACUAGCGCUCUAGAAUUUGGUUCUCAUAUUAGUUUUCUGUACUAUGGAGGAGAAUGGAAUCUGCUUUAGCUUUGUGUUCUUA